AUGGAAAGACGUUCUCAGUCGGGCGGUUUAUUGUCUGUGAUUGGAUUACUGAUUGUACUGUUCCUUUUGAUUGUUGUGGGACUCUCGGAUGCAUACAAGACAGAGAAAACAGCUUCCGUGAUCCCGAACCAAGACUCCAAUUUAGGUGACAGUGAGAACAAAGUAUGGGCAGUGCUCCCAGUACUAACCCCAACUCUGACCGAACCGAAACACGUCACCGAACCCGCACCGGUGACUCGUCGCCGAAGAUCCAAAUUCCCACGAGAAAGUGGACGCUUGCGUCGCCUAAGUCGCCGACAAUUCCAACGUACCGGAACAACUCCGGCGACCAGCUAUCAUACGCGUGCUGCAUCCAGCUCCGCUUUCAGGCGAAACGGGAUGGUCUUCCAUGCCCGAAGUAUUAAAUCUCCUUCAGUCUACUGUCCUCCUGGUUGCGUCUGUUUCAAAGCGGAAGUGGAAUGCAAAUAUGCAAACCUGCAUCACGUCCCGGAAGGGAUAUCGUCACAAACGGAGAAACUGUAA